AUGCGCAUCUGCUGCUCGUUAAAGAGCCCAGGAGGGAUUCUUCACUGGCGGUCCCAGGUCCUGUGCGGGCGUCUUCGGGGCACGGAAAUGGUGCCGGAUGAUGUGCGUGCCACCGUGGGGGAAGGUCCGGCGCCUUCAGCCUUGAGCACCCGCGGAGGCGAGUCCCCGAGGCCGCUGCGCCCGCAGCCGCCUUCCCGCUCCCAGCCUCCGGGGCAGCAUCUCCCCACUGGCCUGCCGCGGCUGCGUCUCGCCUCCACCUUCGGGCCGGCCCAAUAUAACCCUGCGGCGGCUCCGCGGGGGCGGGGCCUGAACGCAGACGGCAAGGGGUGGGGGAACGAGGUGGCCGAGGUGGUGGCGGCUCCCCAGUUCCCCAGCUCCCCAACGGGCGCGCACCAGGCGGAGGCCACACUGCAGCGCGGCGGCAAAGUCGCUGGCGCAGGUUGUUUGUUUUGGGUCUGCUGGCCCCGCCUUCCUCCUCCCGCCAAUGGGGAGCGCGCGCGCAGCUGUGGGUUUGCGCGUGUCUGUGAGUGUGCGUGUGUGCGCGCGCGGGGCCGCUCCGCCAGUCGGCUCCUCAGUUCAGGAGACAGGAUCUCUCUAUGUUGCCCAGACUGGUCUCAAACUUCUAGGCUCAAGCUAUCCUUCUAUCUCAGCCUCUUGAGUAGCUGGGACAACAGGGUCCUGCCUACCCAUCUGAGGACACGUCUGCCCAUCACCCAUGUGCAUUCUGUCACAGUGGGACCUGUGUGUGUUCCCUGCUCAUUGUCAUUUCCAUGGUUUUGCUGAUUCUAUGCGAUUCUUCCAGGCCACUCCAAGUUCCACCUCUUCCACGAAGCCCUCCUUGAUUGCUGGGCCCUGGUUGAACUCCUUAUUAGUAACACCCAGGUUAGUCCUACUUAAUUCUUACCUGCAGCCAAAGUGGACUUAGCAUCUCCUUGCAUGCCUGGUAAAGUCAAGGUUUUCAGCCAGGGCCUGUGUAUAAAGCAGAAGCAGCACAGAGUCUGGUUUGAAGCUUAGUGCUUGGGUUCAGACAGUUGUGGGUUACAAUCCCUUCUACACAUGUUCUCUGUGGAAACCAUUUGGUUCUCUGUGCUUGGAACUCGCCUGCAACGGGGCAAAGCCAUCUCACCUAGACUGUCGUUAUGAAGAUCGAAUUAGGUCAUUCUGAGAGGCAUUUAUGCGCCCUCCCUGAGUAACAAUCCAUGAAAAGUGGGCGUCAUUGCUGAAGCUCAAGGAAGAAAUAUGAAAUUUGAUUAUAUCCUUAUUCACGGCAUUGGGUCACCAACUCAGCACUUUUUAUGAAAGUAGCAUCUGACCUGGCAAAGGCUGUGUCAUCUUAUUAUCUCAGAAAGACAAAUUUACGGGGUCAGACGAUGGAUGGCUUGUAGAUUUCUCAAUGGGCUGGAAGGAAGGAGAGAAAAAGAGAGACAGGAGAGAGUACACAUUUAAUUCUAUUUCCCCUAGGGUGAUAUUUCCUUCCUCCCCUUCCAGGGUUCUCAAAAAGGCAUUCUAGGAAGUCCUGUAAAAUACAUGCUCAUAAAAAUCUCAUAAUUUCCAGAAAUUGUUGAGAAUUUAAAACUCGGUUGGGAGUUUGCUGUUUCAGCCUGAGACACCGGGGUCACGUUUCAGUGCUUGCAGUCUUGAGACAGUACGAGGCAUCCGGGAUGAAGCUGGGGAAAGAAGAUGUGGGGGCCCUGCUGACCUGCUCCUUCUCUCGAAAGACGCUUACCGGCUGCUGGUGUGUCACAGGGCUUUAGGAUUUGGAAAAACAGAGAGAUUUAAAAGAAGAUAGAAUGGUCAGAAUUUCGAGAACCGUGUGCUGAAGUGCCAUCUUUAGGGUACUCAUAACACGACCCUACAACAUUAGAGGUGCUGGAAUCAUGGAAGAGGCAUCCGGACUCUGUAAUGUCCUUCCCCCUGGAAAGUCUGCUCCAGAAGUGGGAGAUUGGGAGCUGUCAACAUAUGAGCCAUCUUUUGCUCUGUUCAAGAUGGUAGGGGCAUUCUCAACAUGCCCCUCACUCUGAUUCUGCCUCACUUUUAUUUUAGAAUUUUCCACUGCCUUUUCUGGAAUGUGCUUUUUCAACCCUCAAAAUCUGUAGAGAAGAAAUAAGCAGAAACCGAAAUGGCUUUCUGGUGUUCUCCAUGCUCUCAGCUUACUGGAAAAUCAAGCCACAGGCUCGAGGCUGGACUUUAAGGGAGAGCACUGCAAUCAUAGUGCUAUGGCCUUGGCUUCCUUUCUCAUCACCCAGGUACAGUCCUGCAGUCCUCAGAGGAUGCCAGUCCCACACAGGGGGAUCCUUCUCCAUAGGAAAACCGAGGAACAACACAGGUUCGAGGUGCACAGUGGCUAAGCACACUCAGUCCUCAAGAUCUUUCCUCUCAAAUGCUAAUGCUACCUUCAGAUGGGCUGCUGCCUGCUACCAUUUCAACAUCGAGUCCUUUAAGAUGCCAUCAGAGAGAGAGGGGAAGCAAGAGGCCAAGAAAAAUGAAAGGUAAACACAAGACCAGUGGAAUGAGUGGGGAGAUCUGUCUGUCUGUCUGUCUGUCUGUUUGUUUGUUUGUUUGUGUGAAGUGUCUUCUGCUUGACUGCAGUUACUGUUCUUCAAGUGAGGGUGAAGCACUUCUCUUCUCCUCUCUGAUAGCUCCGCAGCUGUCUAAGUAAACUCUGACAAACGCGUCGCAGCAGCGAGUGGAAACAUGUCUGAGACGCUGCAGCAUAGCCCGGCUGGUUCUGUUCUUAGCAGUAUUUGCUAAGUUGCAUCCAUUAGAAUGUUUUUAAACAAUGGGACGCAUGUCAUCUUGAUUUGACAGGAUAAUCCUGAGUUUAUAGAAUUUCAUCACAGUGUGUGAAACUGGUUUUUAACUUCACUAUACUGGCCCUCAGCGGUGGAGUCAACUGGGCACUGAAUAGAAAAAUCUCCCUCCUCCGUGUUGUCCCCAGCCCACCACAUUUCGCCCUAAGCUCUGCCCUGCACCAACACCAGCCUUCUUCUGGAGUUUGGCAGCUGUGGCAACUGCUGGCUGUCUCUCAACCACUUCACAAUAUGUAUCAAUGUAUUCUACAAAUCAUUGUAUUUGCCAAGCAUUCUACUACUACACAGUUCUGAUUCAACUGACCUGUAUCUUAGAGGUCAAUAUAUUUUCUUUUUUCCUUAGCUUGGCUAGGACUCCAUAGGAAACAGCUAUUUGAGUGAUGAUAUAUAGGAGAAGGAUAGUACUGUAUUUAACUGUCUGUUAAUAUCAGAGAAGAUGAAUAUUUUUCACCUCCCUGUACAUAGCUAUGCAUAAGCUUGGUAUUCAUUUAUGAACAAUGUAGCAUUUUCAAAGGCACAACUGAUUUACUUACAUUAAGUCAAUAUAAAUAAAUUAUGUUAGUAGAUUGCGAAUUUUGAAAGUUGUAAUCAACAUCAAAAAUGAAAUGUCUUGGUUGUCCAACUUAAAUUAUAUAAUGCAAUUUCAACACAGUAAAAAAAAAAAAAUCACCUAGCAUAAUAGUGAGAGUUUGAAUCAUUAUUAGUUAGAUUCUUGUUUGUAUUAAUUAAGAAUUUCACAGACAUUGUUUGUAAGUGAAAAAGAUAUUUUAAAUAAAUAUUUAGA